CUGCCGAGCCUCACCGCCGACCCUCGCCGCCGUCCGCAUGGCGCUCCGCGGCUUCUGCAGCGCGGAGGGCUCCGACUCCUUCUGGUGUACAGCUAAGUGGCGUCUGGUACUACAUUCAGAGUUGUGGCUCUGUCACCAGUCAGCAUUGGGACAUUUUCAUCUUCACUUCCCGGUUUGGGUUUGAGACCUGGUCCUGGCGCAGUGAUCACAAACCUCAACUGUCCUGCACUUCCGUUUGGGUGGAGGCACGUUCUGGUGUCUGUCGGUGGAUUCCUUAGGCACCUCGAGUGUCCUCCAGGGACCCUGCAGCAACGAUGAGUGACGCAUCCAGGGACAACAGCCUGAGCAUUCACUGCCCCGGGACUGGAAUGCCACGUGGUCCACCAGCAGCCCUGAGUUCACCAAGUGCUUUCAGAACACCGUCCUCGUGUGGGUGCCUUGCUGCUACCUCUGGGCCUGCUUCCCUUUCUACUUCCUGUAUCUCUCCCGACAUGACCGGGGCUACAUUCAGAUGACACACCUCAACAAAGCCAAAACUGCCUUGGGGUCCUUGCUGUGGGUUAUCUGCUGGGCAGACCUCUUCUACUCUUUGUGGGAGAGAAGUCAGGGCCAGCCCGUGCCCCCAGUGUUGUUGGUCAGCCCCACCCUCUUGGGCAUCACCAUGCUGCUCGCCACCUUUCUAAUUCAGCUCGAGAGAAGGAAGGGUGUUCAGUCCUCGGGGAUCAUGCUCACUUUCUGGCUUAUAGCCCUACUGUGUGCCCUUGUCAUCUUCAGAUCCAGAGUCACAACCGCCUUAAAAGAGAGCGCCAAAGUCAGCCUGUUCCGUGAUAUCACGUUCUACCUGUACUUUUUCCUUGUGCUGAUUCAACUUGUGUUGGCCUGUUUCUCCGACCGCUUGCCUCUGUUCUCCGAAACCAUCAACGACCCCAAUCCUUGCCCGGAAUCCGGCGCCUCCUUCCUUUCCAGGAUCACCUUCUGGUGGAUCACAGGGUUGAUGGUUCAAGGCUACCGGCAGCCCCUGGAGGGUGGUGACCUCUGGUCCCUGAAUAAGGAGGACACAUCGGAACAGGUCGUGCCUGUGUUGGUGAGGAACUGGAAGAAGGAAUGUGCCAAGUGUAGGAAGCACCCCGUGAAGAUGGUGUACUCCUCCUCCUCCAAGGAUGCCGCCAAGCCCGAAGGGAGUUCCAAGGUGGAUGUGCACGAGGAGGCUGAGUCUCUGAUUGUCAAGUCCCCCCCGAGGGAGCGGGACCCCUCCCUGUUCAAAGUGCUAUACAAGACCUUUGGGCCCUACUUCCUCAUGAGCUUCUUGUUUAAGGCUCUUCACGACCUGAUGAUGUUUGCUGGCCCUGAGAUCCUAAAGUUGCUCAUCAACUUUGUGAAUGACAAGAAGGCCCCAGACUGGCAGGGCUACUUCUACACAGCGCUGCUGUUCGUGACCGCCUGCCUGCAGACACUGGUGCUGCACCAGUACUUCCACAUCUGCUUUGUCAGUGGGAUGAGGAUCAAGACCGCUGUCAUCGGGGCUGUCUAUCGCAAGGCCCUGGUGAUCACCAAUUCAGCCAGAAAGUCCUCCACGGUCGGGGAGAUCGUCAACCUCAUGUCUGUGGAUGCCCAGCGGUUCAUGGACUUGGCCACGUACAUUAACAUGAUCUGGUCAGCCCCUCUGCAGGUCAUCCUCGCGCUCUACCUCCUCUGGCUGAACCUGGGCCCUUCCGUCCUGGCUGGGGUGGCCGUGAUGAUCCUCAUGGUGCCCUUUAAUGCUGUGAUGGCGAUGAAGACUAAGACCUAUCAGGUGGCCCACAUGAAGAGCAAAGACAAUCGGAUCAGGCUGAUGAAUGAAAUCCUCAACGGGAUCAAAGUGCUGAAGCUGUAUGCAUGGGAGCUGGCGUUCAAGGACAAGGUGAUGGCUAUCAGGCAGGAGGAGCUGAAGGUGCUGAAGAAGUCUGCCUACCUGGCGGCCGUGGGGACCUUCACCUGGGUCUGCACUCCUUUCCUGGUGGCCCUGUCUACGUUUGCCGUCUACGUGACCAUCGACAAGAACAACGUCCUGGAUGCCCAGAGAGCCUUUGUGUCCUUGGCCUUGUUCAACAUCCUCCGCUUUCCCCUGAACAUCCUCCCCAUGGUCAUCAGCAGCAUCGUGCAGGCGAGUGUCUCCCUCAAACGCCUGAGGACCUUCCUGUCCCACGAGGAGCUGGAGCCUGGUAGCAUCGAGCGGCAGCCUGUCAAAGACGCUGGGGGGACGAACAGCGUUACUGUGAAGAACGCCACGUUCACAUGGGCCAGAGGCGAAGCCCCCACGCUGAAUGGCAUCACCUUCUCCGUCCCAGAAGGCGCUUUGGUGGCUGUGGUGGGCCAGGUGGGCUGCGGAAAAUCGUCUCUGCUCUCGGCGUUCUUGGGAGAGAUGGACAAGCUGGAGGGGCAUGUGACUCUCAAGGGCUCGGUGGCCUAUGUCCCUCAACAGGCCUGGAUUCAGAACGACUCUCUCCGAGAAAACAUCCUCUUUGGGCACCAGCUGCAAGAACAACACUACAAGUCUGUCGUCGAGGCCUGUGCCCUCCUCCCCGACUUGGAAAUCCUGCCCAGCGGGGACCGGACCGAGAUUGGCGAGAAGGGCGUGAACCUGUCCGGGGGCCAGAAGCAGCGUGUGAGCCUGGCCCGGGCCGUGUACUGUGACUCAGACAUCUACCUCUUCGAUGACCCCCUCUCAGCCGUGGAUGCCCACGUGGGGAAGCACAUUUUUGAAAACGUGAUUGGCCCCAAAGGGAUGCUGAAGAAUAAGACUCGGAUCCUGGUCACACAUGGCAUCAGCUACUUGCCACAGGUGGAUGUCAUUGUCGUCAUGACUGGCGGCAAGAUCUCAGAGAUGGGCUCUUAUCAGGAGCUGCUGGCCCGGGAUGGGGCCUUCGCUGAGUUCUUGCGCACGUAUGCCAGCAUGGAGCAGGAGCAGGCCUCAGAGGAUGACGGGGUGACAGGCAUCAGUGGUCCAGGCAAGGAGCCAAAGCAAAUGGAGAACGGCAUGCUGGUGACGGACACCACUGGGAGGCAGCUGCAGAGGCAGCUCAGCAGCUCCUCCUCCUACAGCGGUGAUGCCAGCAAGCACCACACCAGCGCCACUGAGCUGCAGAAACCCGGGGCCCAGGAGGAGAGCUGGAAGCUGAUGGAGGCGGACAAGGCGCAGACGGGGCAGGUGCAGCUCUCGGUGUACUGGGACUACAUGAAGGCGAUCGGGCUCUUCCUCUCCUUCCUGAGCAUCUUCCUCUUCCUGUGCAACCACGUCUCCUCCCUGGCUUCCAACUACUGGCUCAGUCUGUGGACGGACGACCGUGUCGUCAACGGGACCCAGGAGCACACGAAUGUCCGGCUGGGCGUCUACGGAGCUCUGGGCAUCUCACAAGGUGUUGCCGUGUUUGGCUACUCCAUGACGGUGUCCAUCGGGGGCAUCUUUGCCUCCCGCCGCCUGCACCUGGACCUGCUGCACAACGUCCUCCGGUCGCCCAUGAGCUUCUUUGAGCGCACCCCCAGCGGGAACCUGGUGAACCGCUUCUCCAAGGAGCUGGACACGGUGGACUCCAUGAUUCCUCAGGUCAUCAAGAUGUUCAUGGGCUCCCUGUUCACCGUCCUGGGCUCCUGCAUCCUCAUCCUGCUGGCAACCCCCAUCGCUGCUGUGGUCAUCCCGCCGCUGGGCCUCAUCUACUUCUUCGUGCAGAGGUUCUACGUGGCUUCCUCUCGGCAGCUAAAGCGCCUUGAGUCAGUCAGCCGCUCCCCAGUUUACUCCCACUUCAACGAGACCUUGCUGGGGGUCAGCGUCAUCCGCGCCUUUGAGGAGCAGGAGCGCUUUAUCCACCAGAGUGACCUGAAGGUGGAUGAGAACCAGAAGGCCUACUACCCCAGCAUUGUGGCCAACAGGUGGCUCGCGGUGCGACUGGAAUGCGUGGGGAACUGCAUCGUCCUGUUCGCCGCCCUGUUCGCAGUCAUCUCCCGGAACAGCCUCAGCGCCGGCCUGGUGGGCCUCUCGGUGUCUUACUCCUUGCAGAUCACCUCAUACUUGAACUGGCUGGUUCGGAUGUCAUCCGAGAUGGAGACCAACAUUGUAGCCGUGGAGAGACUCAAGGAGUAUUCAGAAACCGAGAAAGAGGCUCCCUGGCAAAUCCAGGAGACAGCUCCACCCAGCACCUGGCCCCAGGUGGGCCAAGUGGAGUUCCGGGAUUACAGCCUGCGGUACAGAGAGGACCUGGACUUGGUUCUCAAGCACAUCAACUUCACCAUCGAAGGGGGAGAAAAGGUGGGCAUCGUGGGGCGAACAGGAGCCGGCAAGUCCUCUCUCACCCUGGGCCUGUUUCGGAUGAAUGAGUCCUCUGGAGGCGAGAUCGUCGUCGAUGGCAUCAACAUCGCUAAAAUCGGCCUGCACAACCUGCGCUUCAAGAUCACCAUCAUACCCCAGGACCCUGUUUUGUUCUCGGGUUCCCUCCGCAUGAACCUGGACCCCUUCGCCCAGUACUCUGACGACGAAGUCUGGACAGCCCUGGAGCUGGCUCACCUGAAGGGCUUCGUGUCGGGCCUGCCGGACAAGCUGAACCAUGAGUGCGCGGAAGGCGGAGAGAACCUGAGCAUUGGGCAGCGCCAGCUUGUGUGCCUGGCCCGGGCUUUGCUGAGGAAGACAAAGAUCCUCGUGCUGGAUGAGGCCACGGCAGCCGUCGACCUGGAAACAGAUGACCUCAUCCAGUCCACCAUCAGGACACAGUUCGAGGACUGCACGGUCCUCACCAUUGCCCACCGGCUCAACACCAUCAUGGACUACACAAGGGUGAUUGUGCUGGACAAAGGGGAAAUCCGGGAGUGUGGCACCCCCUCCGACCUCCUCCAGCAGAGGGGCCUCUUCUACAGCAUGGCCAGAGAUGCCGGCCUGGUGUGAGUGGCGGAGCUGCUGCAGCUGGUCAGAACUGCAGGGCCGGCACACCAGUGUCCAGGGUCCAGGGAUGAGCCAGCGUCCUUGGGUACGCAGUCCUCUCAAAACCAAAAAAAGAAGAAAGAAAACCAAACCCAUCAAACCAAAAUGCACACAAAGUAGCUGCCAUCAUCUAGCCCCUGCCCAGCAUGGACCUUGAAGAAACAGGAGACAGAGCCCAGACACCCCAGCCCCCAGGAGACCCAUACAUGUGCUCACACUUCAAAAAUGCAAGCUGUGUCCCGGGUGGUUACACGGCGGGGCGUCAGCAGCCAGACUUCGGAGAAAUUGGCUGUGUAGAACAUGCUAGUGACCAAACCCAGCCAGCUGCCUCAUCUCUCCAGCCAAAGCCUGUGGUUCAAGGCUUCAAGAGGCUCCCUGUCACCUCUAGAACCUUACCUGGUUCCAGCCGAAUGCCUCGUUUCCUUGGGGCUUCAGCCCUGAGGUUGAGAGGCCUGGUGAAAAUCAUUCUGACCCCCAGGCCGUUUCCCAAGGGUCCUGGCAGCCUUCUUGCCACCAUCUGGUCUUCCAGACACUGCGAUGCUGGGAGCAACACUCCAGCCCUGCCUGCCAGGCUGUGCUUCAGUGGCCAGAGGCAGCCUUGUGGCCCCACCAUGCUUCUGUGCUCACCGGAAGGGCGUGGCUGGACCUGUGGCUGACCCGGACCGGAAACCCCAGGGCCGGGUGGUUGCUGCUGACUUUCCAGCCUGCUCACUCACCACCUGUUCCACCUUUCCCUUGCUUUCCUUUGGCCUCCUAACACCCAUUGCUAGGGCGGGUUUACUUCUGUCAGUACUGGGAAGAGCAGAAGGACUGCCAUUGGCUACGAAGCAUCCAGAGCAAAGAGCCUGAGGGACCUCCCAAGUAUUACCAGUUGGUACCAAAGGGAGUCCCCUGGAGUCUCCUCUUCAUUCUUUGGUUUUAAUUUCUCACCCCUGGCAUCUGGCUGGCUGCCGGGGGCAGCAUAUGGCGGAAAGCUUGACAUUUUGGAUACCGAUGCUCUUCCACGAGAAGAAAAGACCCCAUUCAUGAAUAUCAGUAAUUUUGUUUUUUAAGUACUAUCCAGGGAGAAAGACUGUCUUAAGGGUUUAAUUUCUUGGGAGGAAGUCCUGGGCCAAGGAGCAGGGACUGGCAAACCUGGCUCUUUAUUUGGCAUUCAGCAUCCUUGGAAGAAAGCAGAGGCGAAGCCCUUCACGUCUAGAGGGGCCGUUAGGUGUCUCAGUUACAGACCAAAGUGAGACCCCGUCAGCAGCGAGAGCUCACUGCUGCCCCAGGAUUCAUACUUGCUAUGAAUUACUGUACACUGCUGACUUCGAACCCAGAGAACCAUCUUUCUUCUUUUUAGGUGGAAAUAUAUAUUUAUUUUUUGUAAGUUAUACCAUCAUUUCAGGUUAGAAAACCCACGUUUUUCUUGGGGAUCUUUUUGUAAUGACUUACACUGGAAGCAAACAUUUGCAGUAAAAAAAAAAAA